GCUUUAGCCGCGUAUCUUGAGAGGUCGUUAGCGUACAAGAUUGCCUGUUCUGAAUCUGAGAAGUAAAUAAUCUCGCUAAAAUCGACGGUUCCAUAUCACACCAAGUCAAGUUACACCAAGUGACCAAGUGCACCAGAUUCCACAGUGACAGCAGGUGACAAUCUACCACACAAUAUCGUGCGCGUGACGAAAUACACGUCUUAUGAUGAUCUCAUCGUGCCGUUGUACUACGAAUAAUACGUCCUCUUUGAAAUUCAUCUACGCCGAGUCAACUCUAACCGGUACACAGAAACGUCUACCACGUUUUCGCGAUCACAAACACUCCUUCAGCAUUACAAAUUGUCCCUCGACAGAACGUGACUUAGCCUUUACGCUCGCUUAUCUUUCUUUACCGUUUUUUGCCGAUCACGCUGUGACGUUUCGCGAAAUUUGCUCUCGUUUCGCAAUACACAAGGUUCGAAACGCGAAUCCACUAAUUGUGGAAGAUGUGAACCGCGCAGAAUGGAGCAGGAUGCAAAAGAAACGAAUCUAUUAGAACAGCACACGAAGGUAGAAGAAUGGUUGACAGAGAAAAAUGUAGGCAGACAGCAGGAAAUUCAACACUCAGUUGUAUUCUACAAGCAUAGUGCUAAUAACAUGGUGUCAGCAGAAAAUUCAAACAAAUUACAAAUGAAUGCGGCAUGGUUAAAAGACACCGCUACUAGGGAUACAAAUCUUACAUCCCAAUUCAUCCCACAUUCUGGAGCUGGACUUGUAGAAACUUAUCUAUUAAUAAGAGAUACACUGAAUUUACAAACAAUAGAUGAGUCACAAGAGCCACUGUCAGUUAGUAAUAAGGAUUUCGCAGAAAGUUCAGUUAAGUUUAAGCAGAGAAAGAAUACAAAACCAUUGAAGGAACAUAAAGAAUCUAUGAAACGUCUAAAGCAACCUGAAAACUGGAAAGUAAACUUGAAGAAAAAUGCUAGAUUAAAAGGGGAAGAAUACAUUGGGGUCGGAGGCAAAAUAGUGCCAGCUAAAAAGAUGGGACAUCCCUGCGUUUGUCGAAUGCAUUGUGCGGAGAAGAUAGACGAGAACGAACGCGAAGAAUUGCACAAAGCCUUUUGGAGGAUCUAUACGUGGCAACAGCGAAAGCAAUAUAUCGCCAAAUCUGUCAAAGAAUCUCCGAAACAACGUACUCGAUUGCGCAACAAUGUUCAGCCACAGCGUUCUUCGAGAUGCCGGCAGGUGACCUUCACGUACUCUCUCUUAUCGAAGGGUGAAUUCAUCACUGUGUGCAAGUCAAUGUUUCUUAGCACGUUUGCAGUAUCUGAAAAAUUCGUGCGACAUGUGAUGGAGAAGAAACGAAUGUCACCAAGUGGUAUCAUCGAACCGGACCAAAGAGGUAGGCACACGCCAAAAACUAAGAAAAGUGAGGACAUAAAAGAGCGAGUGCGCGAACAUAUUAGAUCUUUUCCAUCCGAGAAAUCGACAGAUCCGAAGGAUUGUAGUGGUAAAUGUUAUUUGGAUGCAAAUCUAAACAUAGCCACAAUGCAUAAAUCCUAUGUGUUAAUGUGCAAACAAACAGAUGUACCUGAAAGUGAUAUAGUGAAGGAAAGUUAUUAUAGAGAAAUGUUUAAGACAGAAUUCAAUCUCGGUUUUAAACGUGUGCAAGCUAAGGAAGAGAAACUGAUGUCGAACGUUAGUUGAGAUAAAGAGUGCAAGAAAUGAAUUUGUUGAAUAUAGAAAAAUAUUUCACAUUGGUGCCUAAUGAUU